AGAAAACGACAUUUCCCAUCGCCCACUUCGCCAUAAACAAGGAAAUAGUCUACGGGUACGCCAAGAAGCCUGUAUUUUACUGUGUCUCAAUUGCGUAAUUUAGCGACUGUACCCUUCAUAUGAGGAGAGCUAUGUGCUAAAAGUUCUUGCACUUUAUGCACACGUAAUAAUUGACCGGUUUUACACAGUUCAAGAUUGAUUCAAGGACAGCGCCGCAGAAAAGGAGGUUUCAAGAGGAUGACUAGACGCAAUUCAAAGAGGCACCUGGAUAAGAACAAAACUCUGAAGUGGAACAUCCAUCUAGGAAAGGGGAACUGAAAGGUUUAUAACUUCAGCUGCUCCGAUUGAGAAGUGAGAGGGAACACAGCCUGUAUACCUCAGGUCAUACCAGGAUUAGAUCCACUAUGUCCUUUUAUCCCUCUUAUUUACUGUGUCUUUGCCUGGGAGUUCUAUGUGUGGUGUUUGUCUCUUUCUGGAAUGCUCAAUGGCGUGGUGGCUUUGCAUGGGAUGGCACGGGCAAACAGUUCAACUGGCACCCAGUUUUUAUGGUUACUGGGUUGGUGGUGCUGUAUGGUAAUGCGGCUGUGUUGUAUCGCGUGCCGCUAACUUGGGGACAGAAUAAGACACCAUGGAAACUGGUGCAUGCUGGGACACUGCUCCUGGCUUUGAUUCUGUCUGUUUUGGGACUUUGUGCUGUGUUUGAUUUUCACAACGCCCAAAAUACCCCCAACGUAUAUUCACUGCAUAGCUGGAUCGGCAUUUGCACCGUGGCUCUCUUCACCUCUCAGUGGGUGGUUGGUUUUGCUGCCUUCUUACUUCCCUGGUCCCCAGUGGAGCUUCGCAAACUGAUCAAACCUACUCAUGUCUGGAUGGGAGCCAUCAUUCUGGUUCUGAGCAUCAUUUCCUGCAUAUCUGGGAUCAAUGAGAAGUUGUUUUUUUCUCUAAAAGGAAAUGUUAAUGGAACGCAGCCUUAUGCCAAGCUUCCAUCAGAGGCCCUCUUCGCUAAUUCUCUUGGAGUCCUUAUUGUGGUGUUUGGAUUAGUUGUGUUGUACAUCCUCUCCAACCAAGGGUGGCAACGACCAGAGCCAAACCAUGAUGGAGAAGGUUAUAGGCCAUUGCAACAUGAAGAAAGUUGAUGGCCAAUUGCCACAGGAACGGAAACAGACAACAAAGAUCUUCACCUGAGAUGAUAGAAUGUAUACAGUAUGUUGGCCUACAAGUGUAUGUAUGCAAUACUUUUAUAUUAAGUAAUUUAUUUCAUUUUUGCAGACACAAUGCUGAAAUUCCGAAUACAUAUUUAGAAUCUAUACCUUUUGUGUUGUCGUUUUUUGUAAUUAAAAGCAAUUUGAUUAACGAA